CGACUGGCGCAAACGAUGAUUUUUGCCAUUGAAGAAAUAAACCAGGAUGAGAAUCUUCUCCCGGGGAUCACACUCGGGUAUCAGAUCCAUGAUGAUUGUUCAGCUUCCGCCAUCGCCUCGCAAGCAGCGCUGUCUUUGAUCAAUGGAGAAGGAGAAGUAAUUGAAUACACUGAAUGUAGAGGUCCCUCCAAUGUCGCUGCUAUUAUUGGAUGCGAGGUGUCUACAAAUUCUAUCGUAACCGCCAGGACAAUAGGUUCCUUCAGGAUUCCGCUGGUUAGCUACUAUUCCACCUGCUCUUGUCUCAGCGAUAAAAUUGAAUACCCUACGUUUUUUCGAACUAUUCCUAGCGACCAGUACCAAUCUAAAAUUCUCGCUGAACUGGUGAGGAAAUUUGGAUGGACUUGGAUUGGAACUAUUAGAAGUAACACCGAUUACGGUAAUUUCGGAAUGGAAGGAUUUGUGGAACAUGUGGAAAAAAUUGGGGUAUGCAUUGCCUACUCUGAGUCAUUUUACAGGACCGACCCGCCAGAGAAAAUCAGAAAAAUUGUCCAGGUGAUUAAACAGGCGUCCACUAAAGUGGUAGUGGCUUUUGCUAACGUUGGUGAUAUGCGAAUUUUAUUGAAUGAAAUUUUGCGUCAAAAUGUAACUGGUAUACAGUGGAUAGGAAGUGAGGCAUGGGUGACAGCAGAUCUUCUCCUCCCUGAAGAGCGAGUAAUUUAUCUCGCAGGAACAAUCGGACUGGCAACCAGAAGGAUAGAGAUUAAUGAUCUCAGAGAUUAUCUGCAUAACGUCCAUCCUUCCAACUUCCCUGGCAAUAAUUUGGUGAUGGAGUUCUGGGAAACUUUAUUCAGCUGCUCUUUUACCAGAGACAGAGGGAGAAGCCCGGAGAACUCUCCAAGUCAAGUUCGGAAAUGCACAGGGAAGGAGAAGAUGGAUGGGAUAGAAAAUGCCUACCUUCCGGCAAUAAUGGACGGGAGUUCAUACCACGUGUAUACAGCGGUCUACUCCAUCGCUCACGCAAUCCAUAAUCUGUUAACUUGUGUAGAAGGCGACGGCCCGUUCAUGAAUAACACAUGUGCACAUAUUGCAAAUUUCGAGCCGUGGCAGUUACUGCACUACCUUCGCACUGUGAAUUUCACAGCGAAGACUGGGGACACAGUAUAUUUUGAUGAAAAUGGAGACCCGGUGCCAAGAUACGAAAUCGUGAACUUACAAGCCAAAUUCAAGGGCGGCGUUGACAUUGUAAACGUCGGAUAUUAUGACGGCUCGGCAAAGCCAGGGCACGAACUAUUAAUAAAUGUCGGAGAUAUCAUGUGGAGCACGACACAAAAUACGAUCCCACGAGCAGUUUGUUCAGAGUCCUGUCUUCCUGGAACAAGAAAGGUAAGCCGGAAAGGACAGCCGAUAUGUUGUUUUGGCUGUGUAGAUUGUGCCGACGGUGAGAUCAGCAACACCACAGAUUGCACGGAUUGCAUCAAGUGUCCCUCGGAAUACUGGUCCAAUCAGGCAAAAACCCAAUGUGUUCUGAAGAAGGUUGAGUUUCUUUCCUUUACAGAAGUUCUGGGGUUUGUAUUAGUGACGCUUACUCUGCUGGGAGUGUGGUUCACAUUGACUACCGCUGCCAUUUUCUACCGAUAUCGAGAAACACCCAUAGUCAAAGCCAACAACUCGGAACUCAGUUUUCUGCUUCUCUUCGCCCUCCUGCUGUGCUUUAUUUUCUCGCUCGCUUUCAUUGGACAACCGUCCGGAUGGUCCUGCAUGUUGCGUCGCACAGCUUUCGGGGUUAUGUUCGUUCUCUGCAUUUCCUGCAUCCUAGGCAAAACCAUUCUUGUCGUGGUUGCCUUUAAAGCAACACUUCCCAACAGUACUGUAAUGUACUGGUUCGGACCCACGCAGCAACGACUAGGUGUCUUUAUCCUUACCAUUUUGCAAUGUUCAGUUUGCGUUGUCUGGCUCAGCGUAUCACCUCCCUUCCCAGUGAAAAACAUGAGUCAUUACAAAGACAUCAUUAUUCUGGAAUGUGACGUGGGUUCAUUGACCGCCUUUUACUUAGUGUCCGCCUAUAUUGCACUGCUGUCCAUCGUGUGUUUAGUGCUUGCUUUUCUGGCCCGGAAACUCCCGGACAGUUUCAACGACGCAAAAUACAUCACUUUCAGCAUGCUGAUCUUUUGCGCUGUUUGGAUAACGUUUAUUCCAGCUUACGUGAGCUCCCCAGGAAAGUACACUGUGGCUACAGAAGUGUUCGCCGUCUGGGCAUCGAGCUUCGGUCUGCUCGUCUGCAUUUUUGCACCGAAAUGUUACAUUAUCUUAUUGAAACCAGAGAAUAAUACAAAGAAGUACAUGAUGGCGAAAGGGAGUUCACGAUAA